AUGGGGUCUCUGAACAUGGAGAAGAAGUGGGUUUUCCCUCUAGUCAUAAGCUCCCUCAUCUGUGUCUUCCUCUUAGCAACUUCAUUCAACAUGGGUCUCAUCUCUUCACUCCACACCAUCAAUCACAUCUUCAAUAUUUUCCCGUCCCGUGUAAACCAAACAGGAGGCAAAGGUUUUGCUGAAGCAAAAGUUGUUCUACAAUCUCCUCCUCCACCUCCCCCUGGUCCUAAAAUUCCUAGGUUUGCUUACUUGGUAUCUGGAUCCAAAGGUGACCUGGAUAAGCUUUGGAGAACGCUUCAUGCCCUUUACCAUCCGAGAAACCACUACGUUGUGCACUUGGAUCUUGAAUCCCCGGCAGAGGAAAGGUUAGAGCUUGCUGCAAGAGUGGAGAAGCAUCCGAUUUUCUCCAAGUAUGGGAACGUCUACAUGAACUCCAAAGCUAAUAUGGUGACCUAUAGAGGACCCACCAUGGUCUCAAAUACACUUCAUGCUUGUGCAAUUCUUCUAAAAAGAAGUAAAGAGUGGGAUUGGUUCAUCAACCUCAGUGCUUCUGAUUAUCCUCUUGUGACGCAAGAUGAUCUUCUGGACACUUUCUCAACUCUGAACCGAAAUCUUAACUUCAUCGAGCAUACUAGUCAGCUGGGUUGGAAAGAGGAAAAGAGAGCAAUGCCACUAAUCGUAGAUCCUGGACUCUAUUCCACCACUAAGGAAGACAUUUUUGGGGCUAACCCUCGGAGACCUCUGCCAACAGCAUUCAAGUUGUUUACUGGUUCUGCAUGGAUGGUUCUCACCCGUCCUUUUGUCGAAUACUUAAUCUGGGGCUGGGAUAACCUACCGAGAACGUUGCUCAUGUAUUAUGCAAACUUUGUGUCCUCUCCUGAAGGCUACUUCCACACGGUAAUUUGCAAUGCGCCAGAGUAUGCUCGGACGGCUAUCAAUCACGACUUGCACUACAUUGCUUGGGAUACGCCUCCAAAGCAGCAUCCACAUGUACUCUCCCUCAACGACACCGAAAUGAUGAUUGCAAGUGGUGCUGCCUUUGCUAGGAAGUUUCAGCACAACGACCCCGUCCUAGAUAAGAUUGACAACGAUUUGCUUGGCAGGAAGGUCGGGGCAUUCACCCCUGGUGGGUGGUGUUCCAAUAGCCCCGACUGCACUGAAGUUGGGGACAUUAACAAAGUCCAGCCAGGUCCAGGAGCAGACCGGCUUAAACAUCUGAUAGCUAGGGUAGCUCUGAUGGCAAGGCGUGGAGAGAAUCAGUGUAAAUAG